AUGGCUGGAGAAUGUUCGGAAGAAACAGCAAAGCAUACGACUGAAUCUUUCAAGGCUUCAGACUUGAUUAUCACCCCAGCUACGACUUUCAAGGAAAAACCAGACCCCAGUGGUUUGGUAUUUGGAACUGUGUUCACUGAUAAUAUGCUGACAAUUGAAUGGUCCUUGGCUUCAGGAUGGGAGAAACCUUAUAUUAAGCCACUUGAGAACCUUUCGUUGCAUCCAGCCUCCUCAUCUCUGCAUUAUGCUAUAGAAUUGUUUGAAGGAAUGAAGGCUUACCGAGGAGUGGAUGGCAAGAUCCGCCUGUUCCGGCCAACCCUCAAUAUGGACAGGAUGGCGCGAUCAGCAAGACGAGCAAGUCUGCCAUGUUUUGACCAGAAUGAGCUGCUAGAGUGCAUUCGGAAGCUUGUGGAAGUGGAAAAGGAGUGGGUCCCAUACUCCACCGCUGCCAGCCUGUAUAUCCGUCCUACCUUAAUUGGAACUGAGCCUUCCCUUGGAGUGAAGAAGCCGACUAAAGCUCUACUGUAUGUCAUACUGAGCCCUGUGGGCCCUUACUUUGCAAGUGGAAGCUUUAAUCCAAUAUCCUUAUGGGCAGAUCCAAAAUAUGUAAGAGCCUGGAAAGGAGGAACGGGGGACUGCAAACUGGGAGGGAAUUAUGGUUCUUCUGUUUAUGCCCAGCAAGAAGCCCUGGAGUUAGGCUGCCAGCAGGUUUUGUGGCUUUAUGGGGAAGAUCACCAAAUAACUGAAGUUGGAACAAUGAAUCUGUUUCUCUACUGGAUAAAUGAAGAUGGAGAAAAUGAAUUGGCAACCCCACCUUUAGAUGGCAUCAUCCUUCCAGGAGUGACAAGACAAAGCAUUUUGGAUCUGGCACGCAAUUGGGGAGAAUUUAAAGUGUCUGAGCGAUAUAUCACCAUGAGUGACCUGACAGCUGCCUUGGAAGAGAACAGAGUAAAGGAGAUGUUUGGUGCUGGAACAGCUUGUAUCGUAUGUCCUAUCUCUAAAAUUUUAUAUAAGGGCAAGCAUUUGCACAUACCAACUAUGGAGAAUGGUCCUCAGUUAACAACCCGUUUCCUGAACAAGCUGAGUGAUAUCCAGUAUGGAAGAGAAGACAGCAAUUGGGCAGUGCUGGUGUCGUGAAGGUGGAAGAGUUCAGAACCUC